AUGUCUAACAAGAGAACCAUCCAGCUCAUCACGCCUCUUGCGUUUAGAGGAAUGCUUUCGAGCUCCCGUCUGGGCGCCCGUGUUGUGCCAAUUGAUGGGUCAUGGUACAUGCCUAACAACCCAAGAGACCCUGUGUCUGAGUUCAAGAAGGAGAGGCUUCCCAACGCUCGCUUCUUUGACCUUGACGGCGUGAAGGACAACGAGAGCUCGUUCCCACAUAUGUUGCCACCUGUCGAGCAGUUCAACAAGUCCAUGGGCGAGCUCGGUAUUGAAAAGAGUGAUAGAUUGGUGGUGUACGACAGAGUGGGCAACUUUAGUGCACCGAGGGUUGCCUGGACGCUCCAGAUGUUUGGACAUGAUAACGUCUACCUCCUGAACAACUUCCCUCUGUACCAAAAGUAUUCGUACCCACUGGAGACGUCUCACGUGGGCUCCGUUGAGCCAACCACUUAUGAAUCAACACAGUUUGAUUCCGACGGUGUCUUGUCCUUCGAGCAAGUUCUUGAUAUCGUCUCUGAUGAAUCCAAGAGAAGCGGGUAUACAAUAUUGGAUGCGAGAUCUAGGGGGAGAUUCACAGGAGAGGAUCCUGAACCACGGCCAGGCUUACCUAGUGGCCACGCUCCGGGUGCGAAGUCUUUACCAUUUUCUAGAGUGUUGGACAGUGAUAACCUCUUCUUGCCUAAGGAUCAGCUUGUUUCGAUCUUUAAGGAGUUGGAGAUUCCUGAGGAUAAACCCGUCAUUGUGAUGUGUGGCACUGGUGUCACAGCUUGCAUCUUGAAAGCAGCAUUGGACUCUGCUGGCUACAACAAAGGUGGUGUUCAGGUCUACGACGGAAGUUGGACUGAGUACGCACAGAGAGCACCGGAGGAGCUCAUCGUUAAGGGAGACUAA